GCUGAGCAAAGAACCUACACCGCUCUUCGGUGAACCUCGUAAGCAGGCCUUGAGAUUAUCACCUUUAAAGCAUGAAUCACCCAGGUUGAUUGCAAAACAGCAAUGAGACAACAUGCAGCAACACGCAGAAACAGUAUGCGAAAUCGCCCUCAAGACGCGACAGUUUUACGACCGUCGACAACCGUAUCGCAUCUACCAUGGAUCGACAAACUGUACUCGGGAAUCAGCUAAAACUAGAGCAAACACGAUCGACAUAAGCUCACUAAACCGGGUACUGCACGUCGACACGGAUAGACAAGUCGUGCUUGUCGAGCCCAAUGUGCCCAUGGAUAAGCUCGUCGCAGCGACUCUGCCCCACGGCUUAAUUCCACCAGUUGUGAUGGAAUUCCCGAGUAUCACAGCCGGAGGUGGAUUUGCAGGGACGUCCGGUGAGAGCAGUUCGUUCCGACAUGGUUUCUUUGAUCGGACGGUGAACUGGGUUGAAAUUGUAUUGGCGAAUGGCCAAGUCGUGAAGGCAUCGACGACAGAGAAUGCAGAGCUGUUUUAUGGUGCUGCGGCAUCUUUUGGAUCACUGGGAUUGACGACGCGAUUGGAAAUUCGAUUGAUCCCAGCAAAACCGUAUGUCCGGUUGGAAUAUCGUCCUAUAUCGUCCAUGUCGCAGGCUAUGUCUGAAAUCCAGCGGUAUACCACCGACACUGACUGCCAGUACCUCGACGGCAUCAUGUACAGCUGCGAUAGGGGUGUCCUCUGUGCAGGCUAUUCAAGCGAUAAACCCCCUGAAUCUACACCAGUGCAACGUUUCACGCGGUCUACGGAUCCGUGGUUCUAUAUGCACGUGGAGGAGAUCCUCUCUAGGGGACACCCUGCAGAGGAGUAUAUUGCGUUAGUCGACUAUCUCUUCCGGUACGACCGGGCAGGCUUCUGGGUUGGCAAGUAUGCGUGCGAGUAUUUUUACUUGCCCAACGUCAAAGCUGUCAGGUGGGCAUUGGAUGAUCUCUUCCACGCCGGUGCCAUGUAUCACGCCGUGCAUAAAAGCGGCCUAUUCAGACAAUACACCAUCCAGGACAUUGCAGUACCGUACGAUGGAGCGUCUGAGUUAAUAGACUAUCUAGAUGAUUCCUUCGGACGGUAUCCUAUCUGGCUCUGUCCAGUUCGACAAACUACAUCUCGUCCUGACGGUUCUCAAGUCCACGGGCUAAUGGCCAAACACCAUCCAAUUGGAUCACCUCCGGGAGAGCCCGAAAUGCUACUCAGUCUCGGAAUCUGGGGCCCAGGACCAGGAACUGGGGAGGAAUUCGUCGAAUUUAACCGCUCCGUAGAACGAAAGGUGCACGCCCUCGGUGGCCAGAAAUGGCUGUACGCACGGACAUACUACACUGAGGAAGAAUUCUGGUCCAUCUAUGACCGUGAGUACUAUGAGCGCCUCCGCCGCAAGUACCAUGCCACAUAUUUGCCGACGUUGUAUGAGAAGGUGCGCGUACGGAUGGCAGGGGGGCAAUGGAUGGAGCUGUGGCCGCUGAGGGGGUUAUAUGGAUUGAUUCAUUCGGCUGUGCAGACAGAAUACCUGCUUGGGAGUAGGAGGUUGAAUGUGUUUGCGGGGGAUAUACCAGCGUGGCUCUUUUUUUUGGUUGCUGGAUUGUAUUAUGUUGUGACGGGUGGUGGGCUUUGACAGGUAAUGGAGUGAAUGCUUCGGUUUAUGGAUCUGGAUUUUAUACAUUAUUGCGUUCAGCACUAAUUUGCAUCGGAUUUUGGGGGCAUUUAUUGGAAUAGAGAAGCUGCCAUUUUUCCUCUCCCUCUUCCUCAUAGGCCCUUCUCCCCCCGUUCGUCCAUCCAACCACCCUUGUGUUUUGCUAACAACAUUCUGUUCGUGAAUCCAUCUGAGAUGGUAUGUCUACCAGUCGUUUUUGAUCUAUUCCUGUAUAGUAUCAUUCAUUCAUAGACCAUAAGUUUGCGAAGACUUGGUAUAGAUUUAAAUGCGCA